GGGGGCAGCAAAGAACCAAGCGGUCCUUCCGGGCUUAAUAUUUACGGAAGUAGGCAGAUCAUCAGGAGAAGUCUUUAGUGGUUUUUGACGAACGAAGCAUAAAAGAUGAUAUUUUCUCCUCCACAUUUUAAUUAUAGAUCUUUAGUAAUUGAGAAACAUUUUGUUGCUUCCGCAGGACAGUCCUCAGCUGUUGAGACAUGAUGAAUCUGAUUUUGUAGUUCUUUAAAAUCCUAUCACGGUUUCAAGCUCUGAGUUGCUUGAAAAACGAUCCAGAAAACAAUUGAUAUCUGGCUCCGAGCAGAAGGUGACGUUUGCAUUCAGGUGUCGUUACCAUGGGAAACGAACAGAGUGGAGAUGCGGAACAUAAACACUCCGAUUACAGCGCAUCUGCGGUGCCAUCCCCGGCCAGACAGAAGGCAAAGAUGGAUGACAUCGUGGUUGUGGCUCAGGGGACUCAGUCACUGAGAAAUAUCCACAACGACCCCGAUGUGAUCAAGCUCCAAGAGAUCCCCACGUUCCAGCCGCUUCUGAAAGGAGUGCUGAGCGGUCAGACGUCCCCGAGCACCGUCUGUCUGGAGAGGCUGGACCCGGCCCAGGUUCUGCAGCUCUGCAUCCGGUACCAAGACCACCUGCACCAGUGCGCUGAAGCCGUGGCUUUCGACCAAAACGCUCUCGUCAAGAGGAUCAAAGAGAUGGACUUGUCUGUGGAAGCCUUGUUCAGCAUAAUGCAGGAGCGCCAGAAGCGCUACGCCAAGUACGCCGAGCAGAUCCAGAAGGUCAACGAGAUGUCCAUGAUCCUGCGGCGCAUCCAGAUGGGGAUCGACCAGACAGUGCCGCUCAUGGAGCGUCUCAACAACAUGCUGCCGGAGAGCGAGCGGCUGGAACCCUUCAGCAUGAGGUCAGAGGGCGAACCUGCCUCCAAGUAGCCCAAGCUGGACCCAAACCCAGCCGCAGAACAGGUUGGAUGAGCGUGGACUGCUUCGACUCUGGUGGAACUGAUAGCGAUGAGAAAGUAGCUCGUCUAGUCCUGCAUGUUUUCCCAACACGGGGAAGGAGCAGGAAAAAGUUUCACAUCUUCUUCUUGGAUGUAAAAAUCAUGGAGACACUUGCCAAAAAAAAACAAAAAAAAAAACACAGCUGCAGAACUAACAGAAGGCUUUUUUUUUUUGUUGUUGUUUUUUUCGGAUCACUCGUCUCACUUUACAAAUCAUGGCUGAAAUCUGCCUUUUAGUUCCAGGUCUGGUGUUUUGUCCUGAGCGUCGUGGUUAAGACCCUUGUACUUGUGAGGAACUGAGAAUGUUCUAGAUGAACACGACCCACAAGUCAAAGAGUUACUGUUGGCUUCGAGUUUUACUUGAAUGGUUUGGUUUGAAGUAUGUUGAAGUACAGUAGCAGCUAUGGAUUAAACCAGUGCUUUUUAAAAAUCCGGAGCUGAUUGCAAAAGAAAUGACUGACGAAGCUCUCAAUCCGUGACGUGUUUUAGGAUCUCGUAAAGAAAUCUCAGCCUUAUUAUUGUUUGCUGGCGAGUGACAGCCAGAUAGCCCUGCCUACCAACAGCAAGUGGGAGUUAAAGAACCGUUUGCUCUUUCCUUCAGGAAACCGAUCAAAUAAAUUUCACUGCAUCUGAUUUGGAGUUUGAACCAGAAGUCUUUGCUAGCACACAGCCAUGUUUGGUAUAAUUAUUAUUGUUUAUGUACCUAAAAAUUCUGAGAUAUUAACAUGGCUAACCUGAUAGGGCCGUGUUAGAAUGGUCGCAAAAUAUGCAUUCAUAAAAAAAUCUUUCACCUCUUUCCACCUUCAUAAACAAGUGUAUCGCCCUGGGCUUUCCCUAGGUGGCGCCAAAUCUGCAUUUUUGUUUCCCUGUAUGGUCCAAAAUGCAGUCAAUAAAAGUUCAGUUAUUUCA